CCAAAAAUGAGCCUCUACAGCGUGGCUUUGUGCUGUUUGCUGGCGUGCGUCCUCUCCGUGGCCGGCGCGGACACGCAGGGCUCGCCCCAGGAGUCGUGCGCGUCCUGCGGCCUCAGGGCUCCGGAUCAGUCGGAGCGGGUGAACAUAGACUUCCUGGAGGCGGUGAAGAGGCACAUACUGAACCGGCUGCAGAUGCGGGACAGACCCAACAUCACCCACCCCAUCCCGAAGGCUGCGAUGGUGACGGCGCUCCGGAGGCUGCACGCCGGGAAAGUGCGUGAGGACGGCCGGAUGGAGAUCCCCAGCUUUGACGGACAGGCCGCGUACAGCAACGAGGUUCAAGCGGAGAACUCUGAGAUCAUCAGCUUCGCCGAAUCAGAUGAUCACACAUCCUCCAAGACCGGUCUGUUCUUCCUCGUCUCAAACGAGGGCAACCAGAACCUAUAUGUGUCCCAGGCCAACCUGUGGCUCUACUUUCGAGUACUGCCAGCCGGUCCUGAGAAGGGCCUCCGGAGGAAGGUGACGGUCAAGAUCCAUUACCAGGAGGCUGGGACUGCCGGCGGCCGCUGGGCUUUGGUGGAGAAGCGGGUGGAUCUGAAACGCAGCGGCUGGCAUACUUUCCCCCUCUCGGAGGCGGUGCGGGCCGUGUUCGUAAAGGGCAGCCGGCGCCAGGACCUGGAGGUCCACUGCGAUGGCUGCGAGACAGGCGGCGUGGUCCCAGUGCUGGUGGACCCCAGCGACCCGUCCCACAGGCCCUUCCUUGUGGUACGUGUGCGCCAGGUGGACGGAAAGCACCGCAUUCGUAAGCGGGGUCUUGAGUGCGAUGGCACCAGCGGGGGCCUAUGCUGCCGGCAGCAGUUUUACAUAGACUUCCGCCUAAUCGGCUGGAAUGACUGGAUCAUUGCGCCGGCUGGUUACUAUGGCAACUACUGUGAGGGCAGCUGCCCGGCCUACAUGGCGGGUGUGCCGGGCUCGGCUUCAUCCUUCCACACUGCUGUGGUGAACCAGUACCGUUUGAGAGGGAUGAGCCCCGGCUCGGUCAACUCCUGCUGCAUCCCCACCAAGCUCAGUACUAUGUCCAUGCUCUACUUUGACGAUGAAUACAACAUAGUAAAGAGGGACGUUCCCAACAUGAUCGUGGAGGAGUGCGGCUGCGCUUGAGUCCGCCCGCGA